CCGGGCUGCACAAAGUUUUCCCGCUGUUGUUACUUCCUGUUUUGUCCGGAGGAGCGGCGCCUCCUCCGUGUCCUCCCGGUGCUCCUCCGUGUGUCCUCCGUGUCCUCCCGGUGCUCCUCCUCCGUGUCCUCCGUGUCCUCCCAGUGCUCCUCCGUGUGUCCUCGGGCUGCUCCUCCUCGGAGCUCCGCUCUCUUCGCCUCCAUCACACGGAGCUCCACGAGCUAACAGUCACCGGGACGAGCUGCGUUCAGAACCCGGGACAGGGCGCAGAGAGCCGGGCUGAGUUCGCUGCAGAGCCGGAGUCGGUCCUGGUUCUGGAGGUCCGGUCCUGAUGGAUUUCACAUAGACUGACUCUGCGUGCUAAUUAGCCUGUUAAAGGGAAGCUAAAGCUGCUAGCCUCGGCUAACCCGGUCCAACCCGGUCCAACUGCAGUUAAAGUGAGUUUAAAUGGACCGAGCCGGGCUGCAAAGGUUCGGAUACAGCUAGUGAGUGUUUGAGUGUAGUUUGUUGUGUGUUUACAAAGCGGGUUAAACUCUAAAACCGGGUCUAAAUGUGGACUAAGUCUGGGCUAACAUCAGUCCUGUGUUAGACCCGGUUCACAGGUGCUCGGUCCAGAGGCAGGUAGACCGGGUCAGAGCUCAGAUCCGGAUCACAAGUGUCCUUAUAGGGGGACUAGAUCUGCUCAUUUUUUAAACAAGGUUCUGCAUGUGGGCUAAGCUUUAGUCCAGAUUAAGACCUGGACUAAGUCCAGUCCUGGUUUGGUCCUUUGCCUUUGGUUCUGGUUCUUGAUGUGUUCUGGCCCGGCUCACAUCGAGGGGUGACGGUCUGGUUUAACCGUGUUUUUAAUGUAGUCAGUCCUGGUCUCUGACAACUGGUCCUGGUUCUGGUUCUGUGGUUUUGGUUGAUGCAGUUGGUCCAGGUCUAGGUGGGUCCAAGUCUAGCUGGGUCCAGGUACAGCUCGUGAUGGCGGAGCUCCACCAGACUCCCACCUCUCUGUGCUGCUGCCGUAAGUCCCUGCCGGCGUCGGGGGCCCGGUGUGUCGGGGAUUUAGGCCGGCCCUCGGCAAGCCCGGGUCCCGGGUCUCCGCGGUGCCCCCUGGUGGACGUGGCAUCGGCGUCAAAUUUCCGCUUCUUCCAGCUGCGUCACUUCCACCUGGACCUGCGGCUGAAUUUCGCCGUGAAGGAGAUGAGCGGCUGGCUGGUCCUGGACCUGAUCCCAGUCCAGCCAGGGGUCCACACGCUGGUUCUGGACUCCCACCCCUCUCUCCUGAUCCACUCCAUAGACUGUAAGGUUCCCGGGUCCGGACAGGAGGAGCCAGUCUCACUCACGUACCGGGUCGACCUGUUCACGGACUACGGCUCCUCGCUGAACAUCAGCCUGCCGACAGCCGCCGUCAAACCUGGGCGACUGAUCCAGAUCACGGUCCGGUACACCACGACGGACGGCCCGGCGAUCUGGUGGUUGGACUCUGAGCUCACCUGUGGUCAGUCCCGUCCUCUCGUCUUCACUCAGGGUCACUCCGUCUGUAACCGCUCCUUCUUUCCGUGCUUCGACACGCCGGCUGUCAAGAGCACGUACACGGCGACCAUCAGGGUUCCGGAUGGUGUCACGGUUCUGAUGAGUGCGUCUCGGAGCUCAUACUCUAAACAGGACCGGGUCUUCCAGUUCUCCAUGGAGUUUCCUGUCCCAUCCUACCUGGUGGCGUUGGUGGCUGGAGAUCUGCAGCACGUGGACGUCGGCCCGCGGAGUCGUGUGUGGGCGGAACCUUGUCUGUUGUCCUGUGCGGUGAAGAAGCUAGGGGGCAGCGUGGAGCGCUGGCUGGGCGUGGCUGAGGAGCUGUUUGGACCGUACCUGUGGGGCAGGUGUGACAUCGUCUUCCUGCCCCCCUCCUUCCCCAUCGUUGCCAUGGAGAACCCCUGCCUCACCUUCAUCAUCGCCUCCAUCUUGGAGAGCAGUGAGUUCCUGCUGAUCGACGUCAUCCACGAGAUCGCCCACGGCUGGUUUGGCAACGCCGUCACCAAUGCCACCUGGGAGGAGAUGUGGCUGAGCGAGGGACUGGCCACGUACGCCCAGCGCCGCAUCACCACCGAGGCCUACGGUACUACUGCUACUACUACUACUGUGACUGAGGCCUACGGUACUACUGCUACUACUGCUACUACUGUCACUGAGGCCUACGGUACUACUGCUACUACUACUACUGUGACUGAGGCCUACGGUACUACUACUACUACUACUGUCACUGAGGCCUACGGUACUACUACUACUACUGUGACUGAGGCCUACGGUACUACUGCUACUACUGCUACUACUGUCACUGAGGCCUACAGUACUACUGCUACUACUACUGUGACUGAGGCCUACGGUACUACUGCUACUACUGCUACUACUGUCACUGAGGCCUACGGUACUACUACUACUACUACUGUCACUGAGGCCUACGGUACUACUGCUACUACUGUCACUGAGGCCUACGGUACUACUGCUACUACUACUACUGUGACUGAGGCCUACGGUACUACUGCUACUACUGCUACUACUGUCACUGAGGCCUACGGUACUACUGCUACUACUACUACUACUGUGACUGAGGCCUACGGUACUACUGCUACUACUGCUACUACUGUCACUGAGGCCUACGGUACUACUGCUACUACUACUACUACUGUCACUGAGGCCUACGGUACUACUGCUACUACUGCUACUACUGUCACUGAGGCCUACGGUACUACUGCUACUACUACUACUACUACUGUGACCGAGGCCUACGGUAGUACUGCUACUACUGUCACUGAGGCCUACGGUGCUACUGCUACUACUGCUACUACUGUCACUGAGGCCUACGGUACUACUGCUACUACUGUCACUGAGGCCUACAGUACUACUGCUACUACUGUCACUGAGGCCUACAGUACUACUACUGCUACUACUGUGACUGAGGUCUAUGGUACUAUUACUGCUACUACUGUCACUGAGGCCUACGGUACUACUACUGCUACUGCUACUACUGUCACUGAGGCCUACGGUACUACUGCUACUACUACUACUACUGUGACUGAGGCCUAUG